UGAGCGGCUCGCUUCCACGCCAAAGUCCCGGAGCUUGAACGAAAUGACUUCGACAUUUUUUUCCUCUGAGUUUUCGUAGAGUUUUUUUCUCUCUACCUGUCAGCCACCUCGCCGGUGAGCCGCUGUUCCUGCUGGAUGGACGAGAAGAUGAGCUCCACCGGAGAAGACACAGAGGCCAGCCUGCAGGCCCAGCUAGCCGAGUGCCGAGCUCAGGUCGAGCACUGGCAGGGCGUGGCGACGAUCUGCGAGCUGAGCAAACAGGAGGAACUGGCAGAGCUGCAAAAACAAUGUGAUCAAGAGAUCCAGUCUCUGCAGGAGGCUCUCCGAGAGACAGCAGCACAGUAUGAGGCCAGGAUAGCUGUUCUACAGUCUCAGCCUGUGGAGUGGAGGAGAGGCAGCGGACACAGCAUGGUCAGUGGAAGGAAAGGCAGGAUGGAUGCAGAAGUCACCAGUAAUGAGUCUCCAGCAUCGAUCGUCAACAGCCUGACAGAAGACGAGGCAACAGCAUCGCCGGACAGGAUUCACAGCCAACCAGCACAGCCAGCAGAUCUCGAGGCGGCGGCGGCGGCAGAAGGAGAAGGGGCUGCGCUGACGACUGAAGGGUAUUUUUCCCUCCGGCAGUGUGACUCGGCCUCGCUGUCCUCCUUCUCCUUAGACACGCCGUCUCUGCCCAGAAAGCUCCACGCUGGGGACGACACAGACUCGCUGGUUUCCACAGGAACUUUGGUGCCUGAAGCCAUUUACCUGCCGCCUGCCGGACACCGGCUGGUCACGCACAGCGACUGGGACGCACUCAAUGCUCAGGUGUCAGAGCUGCGAGGGGAAGUGAGUCGGCUGCAGGCGGAGAAAGAAGAGCUGGAGAGAGAACUAGAUACACAAACCAACCACACACACAAGCAGGUAUCAAUGCUCCAGUCUCAGGUCCAGACUUCAGAAGCCCUCCUUCAGGAUUUGCAGAAAUCUUUCAGCCAGUCACAGAAUGCAGUCCAGAGCCGACUGGCAGAGUUGUCCAUGUCUCAGAGGAAGAUGUGCAGCGAGCUGUCCAGGCUGAAAGGAGAAGAGGUGGAGGAGGACGUACCAGACUCCAGCUCGUCGUUAUCAGCAACACUGCAUGGAGCGCACUGUGAGGAGCGGCUUCGCAUUGAGAUUGUCAACCUGAGGGAGCAGCUGGACACCCGGGCAGAGGAGACGGAAGUUUUAGAGGUGCAGCUUUCCAGUCUGAAGGUGGAGACAGAGAGGAUCCAGGCUCAAAAGGAACAGAUGCAGGCUGAGCUGCUGGCCUGCCGCACUGAACUGGAAGCCCUGCGGGUGGCGCUCUCUCAUGUGCAGACCACCAACAAGAGCCUCAGCAAUGAUAAAGCAGCUUUGCACCAACAGUGUCUGGAGCUGCGUAGCCAAGUGAUCAGCUUGCGCUCUCAGGUCGACACCAGCCAGACCGUACAGAGAGACUUUGUCCAGCUCUCUCAGUCACUGCAGGUGAAACUGGAGUUGGUUCGGCAGGCGGAAACUCUGGAACAAGUCAGGAAAAUUCUGGAAGGAGGAAUCAGUCAAGAUGGCUCCUCACCUGUGGACGCCUCGUGAGUUUUGGAAAAUUACGUUGGAACCAAAAAGCACAGACCAAGAGUUCAACAUUCCAAGAGUGACCGAGGACGGUCUACUAACCAUGGCCACAUGAAACACGGAUGCUCUGGUAGAGUGACCACUGGAGAUGUCACACUGGAAAUACUGUAAACAAAAAAACAAAAACAGAAGCAUUACGUUGUUUCAUUAUUGUCUCAGAGAGGAUGGUUUGGUGUCCAUUCAUCAAACUUCGUGACCAAAGUGAGCUGUGAUGAACCAUGCAAACGUCAGUGACACUGUUUUUUUCCCACACUCACCAUUUUCUCACAUUUGUUCUCUACUAAUACAUGUGAAUAUAUUCUGUUUGUAACGCUGACAGACUCAAGCAGAACACUCAACUGUCCAACACUUGAUUUUCACUGCAUCACAAGUUAACUCAAGUAAUUCAUAUUUCUGUGCAUCUUUGUGAAGGACCACCUAAAGCAAUGGAUCACAGUGCAAUAAUGAAGUAAUGCAAACUAGACAUUCACCUAAAUUAACAGUAUUCAAAUGUGAUUUUAUUAUAUAAUAUAUAUAUAUAUUAAAGGUGGAGUAAGCCAUUCUAAUUUAACACACUCCUCACAGUCCACCAGCUGACUGUUCUGUGUGCACUGGACAAAAAACAAACGAGGGUUUCGUUCUGUAAACAGGAAGCAAAAAAAAAAGUGGUUUGGACCCAUCUGCAGAACACUAUUCCAGCCGACCAGCAACAGGAGACGUUUGUAGAUGCACAUAGGCAGAUUACGUGCACAUGAUAGUCGUUUUCUGGAGAACAGGGUGAAUUCAGAGGAUUUUUGUAACACCAGCGGACAUGUUAGCAGGGUAGAACACAGAGACAGUGCAAUCUGCUUCACCCUGUUACCAAAGGGAAGGUUCAGCGAGUAGCCAGGCUCCUUUGCACAACAAUUGCAGCAGCAGGUCAUUGUCAAUGCUAGCUUUGGCUCCACAAGGAAAAAGCUGAUGUCUAUAAACUCCAUGGUUCUCACUUUUGUCUCUGUUGUGUUUGGAUGCUGUUUGUGUGCGUACAUAUCAUUAAUUUGAUGAAGAUUUCUAUUAAGAUGUUUGUGUUGUCUUAGCCGUGAGACAGAGACAUCCACUUCCACGCUACACAAGGCUGGUGUGUUUCUCUUUCUUUGAGCUAACCCACUUUUUAUGAAUUUGUCGACAAAGUUUCUGAAGGAGCACUGAAGUAAAGGAAUGUGUUUGUUGUUUGACUGUUGAGUUCAGGCAUCAAUAAGCUUUCUCAGGGAUGGCUUUCUCCACCUUUAAGUAAUUCUGUUUUUAUUUUAGCUAAGCAUUAACAUUCCUGUCCUUACUACAACCAUGACGGCUUUUUAACUGUAAGCAAAUUUAUGAUUGUGGAUUUGGAAAGUGAAAAACGGUAAAGAAAUGUAAAAGUGUAACGUCUUGGUAUUCUAAUUUGUGUCAAUACACAUGGAAAACGCAUGA